AAAUCGCGGAAAAUAAUGUGGCUGAUUAUUGUCCAAUCACUUUGUUUUUUGUAGAUACUGUAACGAAAUUUUGAAAUAUUAUAAGAUUUCACCUAUUCUAACGAUUUUAAAUUGUUUCGAUCCUAAUUCUUAACUUAGUAUGGCAUCAAUAAACGAAAAAAAUCGAAGGCUAUAAAACUGCUUGUUUUUAUAUAAAUUCAUUUUUGAAUAUUAUUGUUAUCUACAAAACUUUGGAUUAUUCUAACAAUCACCUCCAAACGAGUCAGAGUAGAUAAAAAAAGUGCAAAAAUGUGAAAUAAUAAAAGUGAUAAGUUCAACUGGUUCAUGGACGCGCAUCCAACAUUCGGAUUCUCGACACGAUACUGCUGUUUCAUAUCUCGACGACGAUUCCUCAACCGUUUUCGCAUCAUUCCUAUUAUUUUUUGGUGUUUGGUCCUUAUACUUUCGCGGUAUCGUCGAUCAUUGUACGAGAGGUUAAGGCACGAAUGAAACAUGGCUGGGUUUGGGCGAAUUUUCGGACUUGCUAAUGCGAGUACAAAUUACAAGGGUAUUUUGUCAAUCAGCAAUGUUAGGAAUAUCAGUGGUAAUGUACCUUUCAUGACGCCAGGUAGAAGCAAACAGAAUUUAAAUGAACAACUGGGGUUACCACAGAGACCAAAAAGGGCGAUGACUCCAUUUUUUAAAUAUUUAAUGACAGAGCGCCCCAAGUUCAUGGUACAACAUCCAGAGUUGAAAUAUAGUGCUGUGCUGAAAACCAUAGCAAAACAAUGGGCGACUGUUGAUCCUAAGGAGAAAUCGAUUUUACGAGAACAAUACGAACAAGAGAUGUUAACUUAUAACAAGAUGUUGAAGGAAUAUGAACAAACCAUAACAAGUGAACAGCGAAAAUCACUCAAGGAGGCUAGAGACAUGAAAAGAAGCAGACGAAGAAGACUCGAUUUAAAGAAAAAACUCGUCGAAUUUGGAAAACCUAAAAGGCCUCAAACAGUAUUUUUCAUGUUUCUAAAUGAAAGGAAACACUUGAAGCCAGAACAUCAAUCACGAACGGAUUGGGCUCGACAAAUGGCUCAGGAAUGGCAAGAAGUGACUGCAGAGGAAAAACAAAAGUACAAAACCAGGGCGCAAGAAUUGAUGGAACAGUACAAAAAGGACAUAAAAAAGUGGGAGGAAAAAAUGGUGCGAGAAGGUCACUUCGACGUCGUUAGUUCUCUUAGGAGUCUAGAUCUUAAAUCAAAGUCCGAAUAGGGUUACGCGUGCCCUGCCCGAUACGAAAAACUCGGUGAUUAUUCAUCAUCGAAUAAUGAAGAAUUAUUCUCGGAUACCGACUACCACCCGGGUCUGGGCACAAGGACAAAAAACCCGAUCACUAAAAUAGAAAAAGAACUGGCGAAAAAAAUCUGGUUGAUUGAGGAAAAAAAAGACGAUGGCGUGUCGUCAACGACACUUUUGACAAACUUUGAAAAUAAGGACGAGAAAUUAUUUUCAAGUGUCAAUGUUCCAAUGGUGGAAAAACCUGAAACGACUUCCUUUGAAGACCUUAUGAUUAAGUCUGAUCACGUUCAAACAGAAAAGACAAUUCCCUCCGAAGAUUGUGCAAAACAUAAUCAGGCGCACCCAACAGUUUCUUGCCAAGCUUCUUUAAAGCAUGAAAACGCUGGGACUGAAACAAAUAUACCUCAAGAAAAUUCUGUAAAGCCUGAAAACUUACUUUUUGAAAAAAAACGAUAUCGCAUCGAAAGUAGGGUGUUUCUUCAGUACGUACCAAUCACUCUUUGUACUCUCGCCAUAGUUGUGUAUUGGUGUUCAUACUUUAUAUACAAAUGACUAGUUAUACCAUUGAGUCGAACAUGUUUUUGAUUUUUUAUCGCAUUCAAAUUCUUUUGUUAUUUUUCUUUUUUCAUUUUUUCAUGAACGUUAGUACGACGUGCGGUAUAGAAUUUGAGAAUGUUUUGUUCUUUUUCAGUAGCUAGAUUUUCUUUAUAGUUUUUUAUCUUGUGUCGACCUUAUGGAAAAACUCGAGUGGUGUUUCAGGAUGACAUUCUUUUUUUACAGAAUAUAGAUCAUACAUUUUCGAUAAAUGCUGCAUCGUAAUCGUGCUAAACGAAGAGGCGUUUUUCUACAAAGCCUGUAUUAUGAGUCUGAAAUACAUGGUACAUAAUCCCA